GGGACAGAACCCUCCGCCACGAGAUCCCCAAAGCUAUAAGCCGCGAUUUGAAGAUGUCGCCAGUAACUUCACCGGCAGCGCACCGCCCAGCAUCCCGGGAACCCGCUUCCAACUCAUCUCGCCGUGCUUCACCGCCCAUUCAAAUCCUUCAAGCACCGCAGCGCUGUCAAUCUUGCCCUGAUCCCGCCGACUUCGAUUCGCGUGAAAAAUUCGCGCCGCUGCUGGGGGCGGCGGCGGCGGCGGCGGCGGCGGCGGCGCCCAUGGACGGCGGCCUGUGGCAGCUGCGCGGCGCGCUGCUGGUGUCGCUGGUGAAGGUGCCCUCCGCCUGGUUCAUGGCCAGCAUCCUAUUCAUCGCGCCGGCGCCCGAGCCGGGGGGGUUCUGGUGCGCGCGGCCGCCCGCCUUCCGCCACUGGGGCGGCAAGCAGUGGCUGUCCGCGGCGCACCCGCCGCACGCCCGCCUGCAGGGCAGGAGGGACCCGUGCCUCACGUACGACCUCACCACGGGCGAGUGGGACACGCCCAACCGGUCCGUGGCCUUCUCCAACCUGAGCGCCGUGCCGUGCGCGCGCUUCGAGUUCCGGGAGAGCCCCGAGGCGCCCUUCUCCAUCGUCAGGCAGUGGCACCUGGUUUGCCAGAAAGACGUCCUCGUGGGCGUGUCGCAGCUGUUCUACCUGCUGGGGAUGCUGUCGGGAGGCAUCGUGUGCUCUGCGAUGCUCUCCAGGUUCAGCCCCAAGAGGAUCCUCCUGGCGGGGAUGCUGGUGCAGCUGGUGUCAGGGGUGAGCACCGCCUACGCUCCCUUCUUCGAGCUGCACCUGGCCCUGAGGUUCACAUCGGCGAUCGCAUUCGUGCACCUCAUCAGCUGCGGCUACAUCAUCUGCACGGACAUCACCGGUGGCAGCUGGCGUACCGUCGUGGGUGCCUGCUACGAAAGCAUGUGGUCGGUGGGUGUCAUAACUCUUCCGGGGUUGUCCAGCCUGUUCCUUGACUGGCGGGACCUGCAGGUAACCAUAUCCCUGCCGACCAUUCUUCUUCUGCUGCUCUACAGAUGGAUGCCGGACUCUCCGAGAUGGCUGCUAGCCCACGGAUAUGCGGAUAAAGCCCAAGAAAUUUUGAAAGAAGCCGCAUUGUUCAACGGACAAGACAUCCCAGCAAUGGAAACACCUGAGAAAACCAUUCAGAGCAGACAGGCGGCAAGCGCCGGCUGGACGUCCCUGCUGCGGCCCCCCAACAGCAGGCUGACGGUGUGCUGCCUCCACGUGCUGUGGGCGGCCACCGUGGUCUGCUACUACGGAGGCCUGCUCAACGCCAAGAACCUCGGCGACAAGGUGGCUGCCAACACCGUCGUGGCAGGCGUAGCUGAAAUGGUGGGCAUGCUGCUUGCCAUAUGGCUUCUCUGGAGGGAUAGGAAGUGGACGAUUGUUGGACUGCUUCUCUUGGUCGGCAGUGCAGCUGCCCUUCUAAGCUGGACUCUUCCCCUGAACGCUCCCUGGACCAGAGACGGAGCCCUGGUGGUUCUGGCCAUGAUACAUCGGGUGCCCAUCGCCUGCUCGCUCAACGUGCUGCAAGUGGCUUCCCCGCAGAUCUUCGACCCAGAGUUCCGUGCGGUCGCCACUCUGUCCAGCGUCACCUUCGCCCGACUGUUUCUGCUCUCGGCGCCUUUCAUCGCUAGCACAGCGGGGAUUUAUGGAGAGUACACGUCGCUGAGCAUUUUCGGAGCCAUCACCGUGGCUGGAGGGCUAGCCGGCCUGCUGCUGCAGUACGCUUGCAAACGCCAAGCUGAGUGCAAGGGCAACUUCCCGGUGUCGGAGCUGGACAAGGGCACCAACUGGGCCAGGAGAGUUUCUCUACAUUCUAUAAGUGCGCCAACUGACGUUGAAAAGAAGACUGAAACAAAUACAAGAUCUGUUACCACUUCAAAGACAUCAGAAUGUAAAAAUAAUACAGCUAAAAGUAGCUGAAAUAAAACUACUUAAUUUGUUCAA